UCGAGCUGAUCCUGAGCUCCCCUCCCCCUCCCCUCAUACCUCUCUCCGCCGCAGCUUCGCGAGCGAUCGCCACCGGCGGAAUCCUCUCCUCCGCCGCUCUCGAUUCCCGUCCUGCUUCGAGAGGCCGUCCGUUCGUUGAUGUUCAUCUAAGGCUCCCGCCCGCGAGUUGGAUUGUCGGAAGGAGGUCCGCUGUAUCCGCGCCCCGGUAAAAAGAUGGUUGCCUUUGGCAAAAAGUUGAAGGAAAGGCAGAUUGCAGAAUGGCAGGGAUACUACAUUAAUUAUAAGAUGAUGAAGAAAAAGGUGAGACAAUAUGCUCAGCAAAUUGAGAUUGGAACACAAAAUCGGCGGUAUGUGCUGAAGGAUUUUUCCAGAAUGCUAGAUAACCAGAUUGAAAAAAUCGUCCUUUUCCUGUUGGAACAACAAGGCCUACUUGCGAGCAGGAUAGCUAAGCUUGGCGAGCAGCAAGAAGGUCUUCAGGAGCAACCUGAUAUAUCUCAAAUAUCUGAAUUAAGAGAGGCCUAUAAAACUGUGGGACAUGAUCUUCUGAAGCUUCUAUACUUCGUCGAAAUAAAUGCAAUAGGUUUGCGCAAGAUACUGAAGAAGUUUGACAAGCGUCUUGGUUAUCAAUUCACGGACUACUAUAUCAAGACUCGUGCAAAUCACCCUUAUUCCCAGCUGCAGCAAGUGUUCAAGCAUGUGGGAAUAGGGGCUGUAGUUGGUGCAAUUUCGCGUAACCUAGGGGAACUUCAGGACCGCCAAGGAAGCUACUUAUCAAUAUAUGACCAGCCACCUCUUCCUCUCCAGGAUUCUGUCAUUGACUCAAUGAAAGCUGCGGUGGACAGAUUAACAUAUUCAACUAACUUCCUUAACUUUCUGGCACAACAUGCACUCAUUUUGCAAGAAGAGCUACCGGAUCCUGUUGAUGAACAUGUUGAAGAUCAAAGAUAUCAUUUUAUGUCACUUAUGUUGAACUUGGCCAACACAUUCCUUUAUAUGGUCAAUACAUACAUCAUUGUCCCCACAGCAGAUGACUAUGCCCUGAGUCUUGGAGCUGCAGCAACAGUUUGUGGUAUUGUGAUUGGAGCAAUGGCAAUGGCACAGAUAUUCUCCUCGGUGUAUUUCAGUGCUUGGUCAAAUAAAUCAUACUUCAGGCCUCUCGUAUUCAGCAGUAUUGUUCUCUUCGUGGGCAAUGUCAUGUAUGCGUUGGCAUAUGAUCUUGAUUCUGUAGUGGUCCUUCUAGUGGGUCGGCUUUUUUGUGGGUUAGGUUCUGCUAGAGCUGUUAACCGGCGUUACAUCAGCGACUGUGUGCCAUUGAAGAUCCGCAUGCAGGCCUCCGCAGGUUUUGUCAGUGCAAGUGCUCUCGGGAUGGCUUGUGGUCCUGCUCUUGCUGGACUACUUCAAUACGAUUUUAAGAUUUACAAGUUGACAUUUAAUCAAGACACUUUGCCUGGAUGGUUAAUGGCUGUGGCUUGGCUUAUAUACUUAAUUUGGUGUUGGAUCUCGUUUAAGGAACCUUCUCUUGAGGUGGAAGCAAAUGAAACACCUCAGGAAUCAAAUGCAGAACCAGCAGAGGGUGAUGCACUAGAGAAUGGCCUAAAAAAACCAUUGCUUAUCAGCUCAGAAAGAAAGGAGGAAGAUGAAGAUGGUGACAAUGAAUGUGAAGGAAGCGAUGAAGCUCCUGACGAAUCCCGGCAAGCAGCAACUUCACUUCGAUCAGCGUAUAGGUUAUUGACACCUUCUGUUAAGGUACAGUUAUUGAUUUAUUUCAUGCUAAAGUAUGCAAUGGAGAUACUACUUUCAGAAUCGAGUGUCAUUACCACAUAUUACUUCAGUUGGUCCACAAGCAGUGUUGCCAUAUUCUUGGCGUGCCUUGGCUUGACAGUUCUCCCCGUAAACAUUGUUGUCGGAAGCUACAUUUGCAACAUGUUUGAAGACAGGCAAAUUUUAUUGGCAUCUGAAAUUGUGGUUUGCAUUGGCAUACUCCUAAGCUUCCGUGUAUUCAUUCCCUACUCCGUUCCACAGUAUGUCAUUUCGGGACUCAUCAUGUUCGUUUCGGCUGAAGUGCUUGAAGGUGUCAACUUGUCGCUACUAUCUCGUGUCAUGUCUUCUCGGCUCUCGAGAGGAACGUAUAACGGCGGCUUGCUUUCGACAGAAGCUGGUACCAUCGCUCGUGUUGUAGCAGAUAGCACCAUAACUCUAGCUGGGUACUUGGGCGACAGCAAACUCCUGAAUGUCACUCUGCUUCCUUCGCUCAUCAUAUGCAUCUCAUCCAUCAUCGCCACCCUCUGCACCUACAAUUCUCUCUACUAGACUCCUCUCGUGUAAAUAUGUCUGGAUGUGUUUUGACAUUUACUUCAUUUUUUUCACCUAUAUUUCUCCUCAUCCUUUUUCUCCUUAUAUUUAUUUUUAUUCUUUGACGUGUAGAAUUCUAUAAAUGAGAGUCUUAUGGGCUUUUCUUCCAUAUUGGAUUGCAAUAAGUUUUGAACCA